AUGCGUGCAUCUGGCAUUAUCCUAGGUGUUCCAGACCAUAUCCUAUCCUUCAAGCUUAGCGGGCUUCAGAGAUUAUCGGACUCAAAAUUAUAUGAGGCGCGUAAAAUGGUUCAGAUCCAGAGUUGGAUGGAUCGCACUUGCCGAGAUAUCUUGGAUGAAUGCGAUUUUACCCUGGCUGUUAAAACUCAGCUUAUUUAUCCAAGCGGAUCACUGUUGCCAGUUGAUGGACAUCCUUAUCGGUGGGAGGUCAUCCAAACUGUUUUGAGUUUUGUUACGCAUCACUUACGUGACCUUGCUCGAGAUUUCCCGAAAAGCAUUGACAUUUUGGAGCGGACAGCAUCAGGAUUUCCGGUUACAUAUUUCCUAAGAAAGGACGUCGAAAAGGCGCUCGUCCUGAGGAUAGUUGAGGACGUUUGCCAUGGUCGGGUAUCUUCCCUGCCAAUUGAAGACUGUAUGGCAGACCUUGGAGCUAUCAGGAGGUUUAUUUCUCAAGAAGUAGUUGACCAUCUGGAUACUGAACGCGUGUCAACACUUUUCCUUGAUUUGCCUAAAGCCCGCAAGACCCUUUAUAUCUUGCGCGGCCUGCUGGCACACGGCAUUCUCAUCUUAUGCUUGAAGAAAAGAUGGAACGUCCAAUAUGGUCUACAUCCAGGUCGUGAUCCAAUAGCCGUUCCAUUUCAUGCCAAAGGCGUCCCUUCAGAGCAGGCCGAAUGGGGUCACCCCGAUGUAGCAAUUCUUCUUACUUGUUUGGCUUUUUAUCAUCAAGGGCUCUCCUUAAAGCAGCUUAGACAAAGUUUGCAGACUGUCCUUCGAUCCGACGAUCCUGCUACCGAGUAUGACCGAUGGACACAGGGUUCUUCGACCUUACCAGAAGCCCUGAGGCAUUGGAAUCUCCUCAACGUGGACGACGACAAGCAAAUUGCUGAGAUAUGGACUCAUCUCCGAUUCAUGGUUGUGGUCAUUAACCACUUUCUGAACAAUUUCGUUUUCCCUGCCCAUGCGAAGCAGUUCAGCGUCAAAUUGCAAACGUCAGGCUGGGACAUUCCGCUCUUCUCAGGCCACAUUGACCAGUCCGUUCCAAGUGGAUUUAAACGGCCAGGGCUUACCACCGGCUUCAGUGGUACUAACGACAACCGAAGAUUACUACCACUCACCAUUAAGCAACAUGAUCUUCCAGGGCUUUCACAUACCAAUGCAGAGGUUUUAACUUACCUCUUGCAGGAGAGGAACCGCCAAUAUAAUCUUGCAGCUUGUUCAGAAGGGCAGCGCCUCUCAGAAAUUGACCUUCUCAGAAGAUUGAAAUCAAUGAACAUUCGUAUCCUCAUUGAUGCGGGCGCCUUUAUCCUAGAAAUGGAUAACAGAACGCUUGUCAAGGACUGGUUGCAAAUAGACCCCGAAGCCCAAGCUGCUGUGUAUUUCGGACUUGACAAUAAACCAUGGGUUCAAUAUAAAACUGGAAAAGCCAUUCCACUCCUAGCAACUCCAUUUGCUGACAAUUUGAAAAAUUGUUUGGUUUAUCUGGAUGAAGCCCAUACUCGAGGUACCGAUCUUAAGCUACCGCUGUUUGCUCGAGGUGCAUUGACGCUGGGCCUUAAUCAGACCAAAGAUCAUACUGUACAAGCGGCAAUGAGGUUGCGACAAUUAGGAACAUCGCAAUCAGUGACUUUCGUUGCGCCGCCCGAAGUUCAUCAAAGCAUUCUGGAUGUUUGUAAGAAAAGCCCAGGAAGCUUUCUCGAUUCCUCAAAUGUUGUUACUUGGCUCCUUGAUCAGACAUGUGCCAGCAACAAAGAUCUACAGCCGUUAUAUAUUUCACAAGGUGCUAGCUUUUGCCACCGUACGCAAGCGGCAGAGACCUUUACGAACUCCUUGGACCAACCCGCGUCCUGCAAAGCGUACGUGAAAAUGAUAGAACAGCCGGAACAACAGAUGUUAGAACAGCUUUAUGAGCCUAGAGAGCCCCAAGUUGGCUUCUCAGCAAGUGAAUUUGUUACACUACCGCUAAACGAGAAGCUCAAAGAAAUUAUACAAGAAUUAAACCAGAGGCAGAGACUCCAGGCGUCUCAUAACUCUGUCUUAAAUUCAGCACUGGAGGAGGUCGAACAAGAGCGAGAAGUGGCUUACGAAAUUGAAGAGGAGAGAGAGCUGCAACGGCCUCACUUCAUAAAACCUUUAAGCUUCCCAGGACUACAUCAGUCGAUCCUUAAGCUUGCAAAGACCGGUUACCUGCCUAGAGGUGAUGGCUACUUGAAAGUAUGGACAGCACUAGAGUCGACGCAGUUGGGAAUGAAGCAUGGGAUCAAAAUCUCGACUAUUCUUCCGAACCUUUAUAUCUCAUCCGAGUUUUUAAGGACUGUAAAAAUGCGGCCUGGUGAGCGAAACGAUAGCUUUAUGCGCCCCGUGAAUUGGAUUCUCUGGGGUAUACAGUCCAAACUUGCCCUUGUCAUCAUGCCCGAAGAAGCGGAAGCACUGAUCCCUAUCCUUCGGGCAGAGACCGCGCCGCUUGUGCAUUUACUCACUUACUCCGCACCCGUGACAAAAAGGAUGUUGCAUUUUAACUGCCUUAGCUACUAUUCAAUCCCACCGCUCCCUGCGGAUUGGACACCGCCGCCCUGGCUUGCAUUUGAGCUUGGGAUAUUUUCUGGCAGACUCUAUUUUGAUUUUCCUGAGUACGACUUUCUACUGAACAGUCUCGGGCUGAACUCUGGGAAUACAGAGAUCGCGGACCAGAGGAAUAAGGAAUCUAGGGUUAAGCAAACCAGUUCUAAAAAGUUUCUCAGUUUUCUGCAAGAGUGGAUGGCCGUGCGCCGGCAAGGACAAGACAUCACGCACACCCCGAUGGGCUAUGUCUGUCAAGGUUGGCAACUUCGCAAGGACCAUCCAUUCUUUAGGGAUAGAAAAAUAUUGGCGCAGAAAACUUUGACCAACGGCCAAUCGUCAAGUCAUGCAAAUUCCAUAGUUCACAAUGCCGAUGAAGAAGAGGACUAUGACAGUGAUGAUUAUGACGAGCAAAUGGAGCCUGGGGACAUAGAUAUAAACGAAGAAGAGUAUGUGGGCGAGAAGUUGGAGAUGGAUUUGAAAUUGGAAGGUUGA